AUGGUGCGCGCCAAGCCCGACGCCCGCCUGGCAUGCGACAGCUGCUACGGCCUCAAAACGAGAUGCGUCUACACCGGUGCAGGCUGCAGCAGCAGCAGCAGCAGCAGCAGCGGGGGUGGCGGAAGUGGCGGCACAACCUCGCCCUCUUGUCAGCGCUGUGCCCGUUUUGGCAGGCCCUGCGUCACCACCAGGACCAGAGGUGAAUCGGGCCGGCCGAGGAAGCCAGACGGGACUUCGACGCGCCCCGUCGCGGGGAGGCAGUUUGUCUGGACGGCGGCUGGGUCCGCCCCUUUUCCGGAACGCACCACCGCGCGGAUACCUCCCCCGGCGGCAGAUGGAGGAGUGGCGAGAUUGUCCUCGUCAUCCUCGCCCCUUCCAGCUGCUGCCUACCUGUCAAGCCCAUCGACCGUCCAGCCGUCCGACCAUGUCCUGGCUUCGCUGAGCACCGCGGAUAGGACGCUUAUGGGGCUGAUUCUGGACAGGCGCACCUUUGCGGACCAUUUCGUGCUGGCGUCGCCCUUUGCCGACGGCAUGAUCGAGGGCAUGGUGCGCGGGCUGGGUAUGGGCCUGCCGCAGCAGAAGCAGCCAUCGCCGCUCCUGGGGCUGCAGCUCUCCUGUGCCGCCAAGGUAGCCGACCUGCUGCUCCUCUGCCGCGAGAACGCGACCGACACCGGUGCAGACGGCGGCCACCAUCGCCACUACGCCAAGAGCGCGACGGCGGCCAGCAUCCUCCGCCGAACGCCGGCCCAGGCCUGCAUCGUCGGCGAGGCCGAGGCCCUCGUGGCCAUCUACCUUGGCAUAGGCGUCGUGACUUUUGACCUGAUGGACGCCGGGCGGAGCGCACACUCGGUCGCCCGCUUCACCAUCGGCGUCGUGCGGCGCGCCGCCAGACUGCAUCUGCAGCGGCGGCGGCGGCCCUUCAGCCCGCGCGUCGACCGCGAUCUGGUCCCGCUCGCGUACCUCGACACGUGCAACUGCCUCGUGCGCAGGAUGGUGCCGGCCGCGAGGCUGGAGGUGGGCGGUCCACCGGCCGUAGACAGGUAUAUAGGAGUCUGCGGGUCGCUUCUACCGGUGCUGUAUGAUAUUUGCGAGCUGAGUCGGGACCUCUGUGCGUUACAGUUCGCCAAGAGCGCAGCGGGCAAGGGCGAUUUGGGGAGCGGUGGCCAGCUCGGCAGGAUGGUGCAGCAGUGCGCGUUGCAGCAGCGGCGGGAGAGGCUGGAGCGGGCGCUGGAGGAUUGGAAGCCUGCGCUGCCGGGAAACUUUGCGACUGUGUACACGUCGGCCGAGCAGGCCGUCAUGCAUGGCCAGGCCCGCAUACACAAGCUGACCGCGACACUGCUCCUCCACCGACUGGCUGCCACUUUUGACCAGGACGGCGGGUGCGGUGGGCGUGGUGCGCGUCUGGCGGCCGAGCUGCUGCGCUGCAUGUCGGAGCUGUAUGCGGCCGCCGGUCGGGAUCCCAAGGAGGAGCGGGCCGGCGUGGGGACGUUUGACUACCGGCUUUCCCUGUCGCUUUUGGUGGCGGCGGCGGAGCUGACUGUGGAGGCGGAUAGGCGGCAUUGCCUGGAGGACAUGUUUCCGCUUGUCGUUUCGAGACUGUAUCCCGAGGUUGGUAGCAUGUUGCGUGAAUUUGUGAGGUAUGUCUGGGCAAGUAGGGAUGAUGGGCUUGCUGGGUGCUGGUUGGACCUCGCUGGGUUGGAGGAUGCGCCCGCGUUUGUGCUUUUCUGA